UUGAAUUCUUAUGUUUCACCAAAGCUUUGCCACGGAACAGUGUUUACUAAGUUGUUCACAUUCAUCAACAGGCUAAUUUUCCGAUGGGCCAUGGCGUCUGAGCCAGAGCUGUUAGAGUUGCUGAUAUCAAAAUCAUUGGAGCAUGAAGGUCUGAGCCUUCAGCACCUGGGCCGCUCCACAGCGCUGCGGCGUUUGAAUGGUCGUUGGGAGGGCUGCUACGCCAGCAGCGUGGCUCCGGCGGUUUGGAAGCGCUACCAGGGCCUGGGCCUAGACUUGCCCUUCUCCGAGCCCUUCGACUUGGCCUUGGCUUUGCGGGAGCGGCUCAUGGCCUCGGACCUGGUGGGCCACGUUGCAGUGGAGCCGGGAGGUGGCUUAAGACUCUUCAGCAUGAAGCAUUUGGAUGUGCAGAAGAAACGUGGAAGGAUCCUUUGCAAAGGCUGCAGCACCUUCUUCCAGGAGGGCAACCCUUUUCGGACCCAUGUGCAGAAUGCUCAGGACACCCGCUGCUUCAGCCCAGAGGCAGCGGAGUACUACUUGCUGCCUUGCCAGGAUUCGGCCGCCGCCGCAGCUCUGGAGGUGUCCCGAAGGAGCUUGGAUCCAGGGCUAGAGGCGGCAAGGGAUGGGAACCUGAAGGAACUGCAGCGCCUGGUGGAGAGUCGUUGGGAUCCAUUGAUUGCAUUGGAUCACCAUGGAAAUAAAGCACUGCAUUGGGCAGCUGGCAACGGACACCUGGAGAUUUGCCGCUACUUGGUGCAAAUGCGAAUGGAUCCGAAGGCGCCCUCAGAAAAGCAUCAGAAUCGCUGCGCUCUACAUUGGGCAGCACGGAAUGGACAGACCUCCGUGUGUGCCUACUUGCUGGAUCUCAUGGGUUUUGUGGACGUGGAGACCGAUGGCAAAGACACACCGCUGAUGCUCGCAGCCUGGCAGGGCCACCUGGAGACCUGCCGUUUUUUGGCCACGCAACGAGCAGAUCUGAAUCAUUUAAACUCUUGGGGGUGCAAUGCAAUGCACAAAGCUGCCAGGAUGGACGGCGAACACUCAAGCCUACAAAUGCUAGACUUUCUGUUGUCGAAUGAUGUGAAGGCCAGCCUUGCCAAUUGCAAUGGGCACAACGCCCUCCAUAAGGCCGCCAGCUUUGGCUCCGUGGAGGCCUGUCGCUUCCUCUUGCUUCAUGGCCUCGACACACGGCAGGCCAUGGCGCCGGACCGAGAGCGGAACACUCCAAGCAGCUUGGCCUUUGCAGCCGGAUAUCAUCGCUUGGCGGGGGAGUUAAGACACACCGAGGACGUUCUAUGGCUAACACCUGCCAUCUACAGAGCGCCAGAAACACCAGGAAGAGAGGAAGUUCCAGAAGAUUCCGCAAAGAUUUAGUGAUACUAGGUGAAUGCGAAGAUGUGCGAGACCUUUGCCUGUCCUACCAAGCGACAAGGAGGCGCGGCUCAGCAUGCGGGCAACAAUGCAACAACACCGACAACACCGCAGUGCAGACUUGGUUCAUCUUGGUUCCUUCAUCGAGCAGACAUAAGCAGAACUGGAUAGACCAGGUGCUGUGGCAAUUCCGCUACUGCAUGAAGCAAGAAGAAUGGUGCAAGGGUGAGAGAAGAUGAGAGCCCAGAGACGCUGCACUUUAUUAUAUGACGUCGUUCGGCCCAGCCCUGCCAGACGGUUUCCUCCGCCAAAAGCUAUGUUGUGUGUUGGUCUUAAGUCUGGCAUCGUUGAAGUGCUGUUUGGCAUUGCGCCUGGAAACAAUGCUUUCAGAUGGUGAAAGCUUUCAGAAGCCAGAGCAGGGGAAAUGCCCUUGAGCCAGUUCUGUGAAGUGCACGGCUUAAAAAACUUGAUCCCAGAGAGCUUGGGUGAACUUGGAGUGUUGCUUCUAUCCGCGAGCUCCUCAUUGUUUUGCUUUACUUGGAAGAACUGUAACAGUUUUUAAC